CCACCGGCACGAGUGCCUCUGCAAGGGCGACGCGCCGGACCCGAGCUCGUGCCGGGCGACGGGCUGCCCGUGCACCUGCAAGGCGCUCAUCGCCGCCGGCGACUACACGCGGGCCUGCAAGGCCCCGUCCCACCGGCACGAGUGCCUCUGCAAGGGCGACGCGCCGGACCCGAGCUCGUGCCGGGCGACGGGCUGCCCGUGCACCUGCAAGGCGCUCAUCGCCGCCGGCGACUACACGCGGGCCUGCAAGGCCGCGUCCCACAAGCACGAGUGCCUCUGCAAGGGCGACGCGCCGGACCCGAGCUCGUGCCGGGCGACGGGCUGCCCGUGCACCUGCAAGGCGCUCAUCGCCGCCGGCGACUACACGCGGGCCUGCAAGGCCCCGUCCCACCGGCACGAGUGCCUCUGCAAGGGCGACGCGCCGGACCCGAGCUCGUGCCGGGCGACGGGCUGCCCGUGCACCUGCAAGGCGCUCAUCGCCGCCGGCGACUACACGCGGGCCUGCAAGGCCCCGUCCCACCGGCACGAGUGCCUCUGCACGGGCGACCGGCCGGGGCGCCGCGGCCAAGGCCGCGGCGCGCGCGUUCGACAAGAAGGACAUCGCCAUCGGCCGCGCCUUCCCGCUCCUCGCCGGCUUCGCGCUGCUCGCGGCGGCCGCCGAGACCGGCGCCGGCGCGCCCCGCGCCCUCGCCGAGGCCGACGCGCCCCUCGCCCUCGCCGAGGCCGGCGCGCCCC